AUGGUUAAUCAGUUAUAUUAUUUGAUUUUAGACAAAGAAAUAGUCGAUUUCAUUGUUGAUGAAAAUGAGAGACAUCUCUAAAAUGCUAAACCUAGAAACAUCAAGAUUACCUAUGAUAUGGCUUAUUUUAACACUUUACCUAACACUCCUGAAAUGUAAAUCUUCAGAAGAAGCUGCGAAAAGGCUAUAAAGAUAGCUUCUAAUUUCUUUAGCAAUCUCAUUACUAUCAUUCCUAAACCUAAAGGUUCUAUGAAGUGGGAUCUAAGACAUAAUAAUUGUGGAGAAGCUAUUAUCCCUACUGCUGACAAGACUACAGAUAAGGAUAGUGAUCUCCAUUUGUAUAUUACUUUCACUAAUGAACCUUAAGAAACCUAUAUUGCUUAUGCUGGGUGGUGCAGAUUUCUCAGAGUAAUAGGUCCCACUCACGGUCAAGUUAACUUCAACUUGGGUAUCUUAAAUUCUUACAACUUUGCCAACUCUUUCUAGUUCUAAGAUUUAGUUGGAACUGUUAUCCAUGAAAUAACUCACUUUCUCGGAUUUUCUAUAUAUGAUAUUCCAAGAUGGGUUGAUUCUAAUAUGAAGUCUCAUUUUAAUCCUACAACUUAAUAUCUAAUGAGAGGGAUGAAAACAACUUUCUUAAAAACACCUCAUGUUCUUGAAUUUGCUAAAAAAUACUAUCCCUGGUAUGCCUCUUGA